AUGGCUCCUCUUCAACUACCAACUGUUGUUGAUGUUAAUUUAGUGAAAAAUCUUUCAUCAUUAACAGAUUAUGAUGCUUUGGUUGUCGUUACUACAUGUUUAGAUGAAACUACAGAAUUUCUUGAUAAUUCAGUAGCCAAAGGUCUUGAAUCAUUCAGACAAUUACAUACUGAUUUUAAUAAUGAUGUUACAUUUUUUCUCAAUGAUAACGCUCCAGGCAAACGCAUCAUAUAUUCACCAACAGGUGCAGUUGAUCGAGAUCAUGAUGAUGUACGUCGAUUUUCUGAUGCUGCAUUAGCCGGUGUGAAAAAAGCAUUAGGAGUUGGUUCAAGAUCUCCUGUUCUUGCAUGUUUUGGUUCAAAAACUUACCGACAAGCAAAUCUUGUUACAUUACUUGCAGCACUUGAAGCAACAUAUGUGCCAUUACAAAUUCGAGAAGAUGUUCCUGAACGUAGAACUAAAGCUGAUAAAUUAGGUUUCUUUAUUGGUCAAAAACCAGCCGAUGAUGGUUGUGGUCAAAAAUUAAUUGAUUAUGCACGAGCUGUUGAAUUGGGACGUGCUGUUGGCCGAGAUAUUGGUGGAGCUGAUCCAGAACGUAUGGCACCGCCACGUGUUGCUGAAUAUGUUCAAGAAUUAUUUGGCAAAUCAUCUGGUAUUAAAGUAGAUAUUAUCAAAGAUAAGAAAGAAUUUGAAAAAGACUUUCCAUUAUUUGCUGCUGUUAAUCGAGCUUCAACUUGUGUUGAUCGUCAUCAUGGUCGUUUGAUCUUUCUUGAAUAUAAAGGUGAAGGUGAAAUCAAUACAACUGCAUUACUUGUUGGUAAAGGUAUUACGUUCGAUACCGGUGGUCUUGAUAUUAAAGCCGGUGGUAUUAUGGCUGGUAUGUCAUAUGACAAAUGUGGUGCUGCUAAUGUGACUGGUUUUUUUAAAGUUCUUUCUGAAUUAAAACCAAAACAAUUUAAAGCUAUUGGUGUUUUAGCUGUAGCACGUAAUAAUUGCGGUGAAGAAGGAUACACUGCAGAUGAAAUUAUAACAUCACGAGGUGGUGUACGUGUUCGAGUUGGAAAUACUGAUGCUGAAGGUCGCAUGGUUAUGGCUGAUCCUUUAUGUUAUAUUAAAGAAUUAGCAUUGAAAGAAGUUAAUCCACAUUUAUUUACUAUGGCUACGCUUACCGGACAUGUUAUUCGAGCUUAUGGAACAAAUUAUACAGCAGCUCUUGAUAAUGGUCCAGCACGAGAUAAUGAAACAGCACACAAACUUCAAGCAGCUGGUGAUGAAGUUGGAGAUCCUUUUGAAAUUUCAACUGUCCGACGAGAGGAUUUUGCAUUUAUUGCUGAUCAAGGUGAAGUUGCUGAUGUACUUCAAUGCAAUAAUCAAGGUAGUAGUGCAACAGCUCGUGGUCAUCAAUUUCCAGCAGCAUUUCUUGCUCGUGUAUCCGGUUUAGAUAAACAUGGUCGUAAUUCAGAAAAACCAUUACGUUAUACACAUCUUGAUAUUGCUGGUAGUGGUGGUGAAUUACCUCAUUCACCAACUGGUCGACCAAUUCCAGCACUUUGUCAAAUGUUCAUUGCUGAUCGAGUUUUUUAA